AUGCGCAUGCUGAAAUAUACCCCAGAGCAUAUGCACUGCUAUGCGACGUUUUAUGGUCCAGUUGCUCUUCCUAACACUGGCUUUUGUGCAUUCAAUUCCCUCAAUGGAGAAACUGCUGCAUUUCGAAUAUCGGCUACCGGCGUCGUCCUCGAUAUAAAAGUUGACUGGGGUUCCAUACAAGAUCUUCAAGAACACCGCCUUU